AUUGUUAUUAUUGUUAUUAUUAUUAUACAUUUUACAAAUAUGUUGCGAUUUAUUUAUGAUAAACAGCCUUUCUUUACUUCUUUUUCUUAAAAUGAGUAUUACGAGUAAAUUUGACAACUAUUCCAAUAUAAUCGAAGAAACUCAAUGAAAUAUAUACAAUCAAUAAUAAUGAUCAUUGUAAUUUGAAUGGAAGGAUGGAUGGAUGUGCCUCUGUGUGUGUGGGGAGGCGUAUUUAGCACGUUGUGGAGUCUUGGAGACCAUAUAGUAAAACCUGUUACUUUUUACCUUGUGGGCACAUUUUCACGUCCCCAUAAUAUAAAUCUCAAUUUCAUGAAAAUUUCAUGAAAAUCUGUGAAUGCAAUCAAAAAUAACAUAGCCAAAAUUGUGAGGCUACUUAUGGUUAAGGUUAAGACUAGGUUAGGGUUGGGGUUAUCGUACUUAGCAUUAAGGGUUUUACCCAUAGAAAUCAAUUGAGAGUCUCUAAUAGGAAUAUAAUAUGAACUCUGCGUCUGUGUGUGUCUGUGUGUGCAUGUGACGUACUGGCAUGUGAUGACACGUGAUGAUAGAUUUAUUUUAUCAGGGUAGAAAAAAUCGUUUGUUUGUGUUAUAUUGUUAUAUACGAAGGCUGCAGAUUUAUCACUCGUUUAUGCUCAGGUAAUUCUCCACAUUAAAGGGGCGUGUAUUUCAGGGUACCGGGUAGGUGGAUUAAGAGGGGGGGGCAUGUUAACUAGCGUCCCAGUUGCCUAGCAACGAAGCCGAGGUGAAUUCCGUGUACAUCUUGAACAUGAUUCCCAUUAUGGAGGCAGACGACUGAGCAGUAAACUGAAGUUACCUUAUUAACAUUAAGAUUAUUAGUAACGCCACUUUGGAAAACAUUGUUCAUACCGGGUGUUGUACGCCUAAUAUUAGCUAGCUGAGUCGAGCAGAGUGGAGAAACUGAGAUGGCAGCAUUUGAACUACAAGUACAAUAGACAAUUCGGUACCAUGGCAUCUGAAGCACUAGGCCUUCCCCAUGACGACCUCAGGAGAAAUGAAAGACGAGCAAAAGCCGGAAGCGGACACGGGCCCACAGUCCCAGCUGGUGCGGGACAUUCAGGGGCUGACGGCAUCUGGGCACGACUCCUUGGUUCAGAGAAAUUGUGUGAAAGCAAUUGACUGCUUUAAGAAGGCCUUCAAAGCUUCGCUGGCACUGAAAGACUCCCGAGUACAGCGAGCUUGUGCUUUCAACCUGGGCGCAGCCUACGUGGAAUCAGGCAAGCCCCAGAAGGGCCUGGACUACCUGAGGCGUGCCCAGCCUGGUGAGGGGGGCGAACGGAUAGCAGACCUCCAGUUCAACCUGGGCGCCGCCCACGAGGGCUUGGAAGACCCAGGCAGGGCAGCCAAACACUAUCUGAAGGCUGCUCAGCUUUACCGCUCCCAGGGAGAAGGGGGCAGCGAAGGGGAUGCCUGUAUGAAGCUCGGCCAUUGCUACCUCCUCGUCCAGGACUGGACGCAGGCAGCUGAGAGCUUCCAGCGAGCUGGGGAAGGCUACCGACUUGCAGGCCGGCCGGACGCAGCGGCUCCGGCUCUGAGGGAAGCCGCCGACACCAUGCUCCGGGGUGACGCCUUCACCACCGAUGACAUCAUCGGGACGCUCACCGAGUCGCUGGAACUGAGUGUUGGCGUUGGAGAAGAAGAGACACUGGGUAAGCUGUACAAUGACUUAGGCCUGAACUUCACUCAGCUGAAGCUGUUCCCAGAAGCAGCAGAGUGUUUUAACAGGGCGCUACCGCUGGCCCAGGGCAGGCCUUGCAGGUUGGCUGCUGUGCUACAGAACCUUGGCGCCGUCCAAAACACACUGAGCCAGUACCAGCAGGCUCUCGAGUACCACCAGGAAGCUGCAGCCCUACAUGGAUCCCUGGGCAGCCGCAGUGCUCAGGGUCAGUGCUUCAGUAACCUGGCGUUUGCCCUCAGUCAGCUGGGGAAACUGGAGGAGGCGGCAGAGAACUACCUUCACGCCCUGCAGGCCUUCAAAGACACAGAUGAUCCCCAGGGCCAGUGGCAGGCCUGCGAGGGAAUGGGGACAGUUUGGUCACACCUAGGAGACCCAGAGAGGGCCAUACUGUACUAUAAGCAGGCACUGGCGAAAUGUAAGGACUGUCCCAGCUCGGUGCAGGAGCGCCUUGUGGAUAAGCUGGCCAGCUCCAUCCAGGACAGACUAUCCCUGCAGAGCCAGAUGACCUAUGAUAGGGGCCUCACCCCUGCUCAGCCUCAGCGAGUUCUCAGUGAGGAAAGGUCCAUCCUACAUCACGGCCCACAAGAUAGGAUCCUCCACAAGCAGCCGUCACUGAGGACCACAGGUGUGACCUCUGCCAAGCAGUCAGAGCCCCAUUGGUCAAGAAGAGACCUUCAAAUUCACAGGCCGGAACUCCAGACUAGGAAAGAGAUUCCCAACGGGUUCAUGGUGAGGGACAAUUCCCUGGGGGUGAUACCCAACGGCACAGUCCCAGAGCGAUGGCGGGAUCAGCGGGUCCUGGGUGCCGCUCGGCAGGACUGGGAUGGCAAAGCCCCUCCCCUGGCGACAGACCCGCGGGUUAGGGGGCCACAUCCAGGGCUGCCCAAGGGUCACACGGCAUUGCACGAGGCCAACAGGAAUCUAAACAACACCUAUUUGAAGCCAGUAUCCCGCUACCAAGGUCCAGAAUACCCAGAGCCUAAUGCCACCCAGCACAGAGGGCACUUGUACAACCCUGUUGAGCUGAAAACAACAGAGGUGAACAGCAAUACCUUCUUGGGGCGGAGUUCAGAAACACAUGUCACUAAAAGCCUUGAAGAAGAGGAAACCACGCCCUUACACCGGAAGUGGAAGUCGCAAGUUUGUCUCGUCAUGUGACUUUACCAAGACUGGACAUUUCACAUCAAUGUGUGGAUCGUGAUGUUUCAGCUGAAUGCACUAAAGUCACCUGUAAAUAUAUCUUCUCAGAAGCUACUAUUCUACUACUGCUCCACUAAUACUGAACUGGAAAAAAUAUAUUUCGGUUACAGUAUUAAUCAUUUUCAGAACAAAAAGCUGUUCAGUUUGAUAAAAUAAAUCUUGGUUUAUUAAAAUAAUAACUACGAAAAAUGCCUGCGUAGUCAGGUUUCUAGUUUGAGUCCUCAAAAUAAUUUUGCUACUGUACCUUUGAGAAAGGUUAAAAGAUUUAUAAUGUCUUAAAGGAUAAAAUGUAAAAAAAAAUGGCCUAAGUAAUUUAGAAAAUAAAAAAAAGCAAUCAUUUUAACAACAAAGUAAAAGAGCACAAUGGAUGGUGUAAUUAAGCGAAUAUUGUUUAAUGUUAUUUCACAGUAUGCUCCAAUUCAAUAUUGUAUAUUAUUUUAAUUAUUGUAGUAAUUAUUACCUAUAGUUUACGUUUUAAUUUUGUGUGAUUCCGUAUUAAUAUACAUAAUUUGUCAACAGCUUGUUUUAAUGUUAUUUUUUAUCCCCAAAUAUAAAACACGUAGCCUAGGUGUCUGUAUCGACACAGUCGCGGUCCAAUUAAUUAAAUGAAAAAUGCAGUUGCAAAGCUAAACUGGUAGGCUACCCAUAACGGUCUAUUGACACUGAGAAAGAAAAAUGUCUUGAUUGUCCCCAUAAAAUGACAACACUGUG